AUGGGUGAGCACGCUUCAGUGACAAUACAGAGAAAAAAGUGGUGGAUUACAUUUGCCAAAAGACGUGGGCUUCCUUCUGCUUCCCGCAUGGCAGUUUCUAAUCAGUUCCCUGCUGCUGCGCUCCUUCUGCUGCUGCCCUUAACACAAGUUCUCACACAGAGCACCACAGAAUGUUCUGUAGGAAAUGAGAACCCAACAAUAAAUGAGAAUAAUCUGCCGGGGGCUGUUGUUACCACCAUUACAAUGGAGCCUGAUGUCACAGUAACAAUUGAGAACUCUUCCGACUUCCGAUGGUUUGCCAUUAAUGGCACGGAAUUGAUUCUAACCGAUUCCUUGGAUUAUGAGACAGAAUAUGCAUUACUAGGAACCCUGCUUUGCUGGAAAGGAGGUGUAGAGGUCAAUUCUGUGACUGUUAUAGUACAAGUUGGCAAUUUGAAUGACAACAGCCCGGUAUUCAAGGAAACAAACAUCACCGUAGAGGUUCCUGAGGAUACAAAAGUGAAUACGAGCGUUAUACCUGAGGCGAGCGUAACUGCUAGUGAUGCUGACCUGGACAACAUACAAUAUGAACUUACAGUGAUCACCCCAGAAGCAACUGACUACUUUAACAUACAAGGAAUUAAUAACCCAAGCAUUUACUUGCGCAAAACCCUGGACUAUGAUAAAUAUAAAUUUAUGCAGUUAAUCUUGUAUGCAAGGGACAGGGAACCUGGCAACCCAGAUGGUAAUACAGCCACUGCAACAAUAAACAUAGCCAUCCGACAAACUGACACCAAACCACCCUGGUUCCAACCAUGUACUUUCAUUAACGCGGACAAGAAAGUUUGCAUCAGCAGUGGCUAUAUUGGAAGGGUCAACAUCUCAGAGAAAACGACUGAACCGCUGAGCCUAAAACCUGGGCCCCUCUCUGCCAUUGACCCUGACUACACUUUGAAUGAAAAAAUAGUGUAUAGCAUUGUUGGCGGAAACAAGGACGAUGUAUUCUUAUUGAACAGUGAUACAGGGAAUAUAACUAUGAACAAAGCAGCAAAUACUACAGACACGUUCAUUUUGCAUGUCAUGGCCACCCAGGCCAACAAUGCUCUGAGAUACUCCUUCACCACAGUAGAGAUCAAGGUCAUCGCUAAAAGUAACUACGCACCAUACUUUGAAAACUCCAGGUACACAGGGACGGUGUCUGCUGGGCUGGCCACUCUCAGUCUGGUCAUGGACUCUAAAGCACCUUCAAUACCCCUGAAGAUCUUUGCAGCUGAUGACGACUUCCCUACUAAAGUCAACCCUCAAAUCAUGUACAACAUUCAAAACAGCAGCGAUUUCACCGUAACCAGAGAUGGACUUGUCCUGACAAACACAAUGCUGCAGUCAGCCGCAACUAUAACAGUGUUGGCUACUGCUAUCGAUGAGGAGAGUCUGCAGGAGGCAAACACUGUGAUCACUGUGGAGGUCACACCUUCCACAGGUACAACUACUCUUCCUACCCCUACCACCACCACUACCUCUGCUGCUGCUGGGACAGGAACCACCACUCCAAAACCUUCUGGUUCAUCAUCAGCUUCACCACCUGGAGUAACUAACACAGCCGCUACAGCCAAUUCUGGAGCCACAAAAUCCACUUCUUCAGUGACAACCAACAGUGCUGGCACACCUGGGCCCACCGGAAAGCCUGUGACAGGUACUCCCUCAGGCUCACUUAUCCCUCCUCUUGUAACCACAAUGAAGCCUGCUACCACAAAGUCUUCUACCAGCGCAGUAUCCAACAUGCAUCCAGUGGGGCCUUCAGAAUCCAGAACCACCAAAUUCCCCAUAACAGGAACAAACCCGGGUGGAACUGUUCAGUCCACUGCUCUGCCAUCUUCCCCAUCUGGCGGGCUCAGCCCUCAUCUUACAUCAACUGCAGUAGCAAGCAGAUCUCCGAGGCCAUCAGACCCCGUGUCUUCUCAAACAUCCUUCACAAACAGCCAUCAGACAGGCACAAAAGACGAGAGAGCUAACUUGAGCUACACUGCACAGGACAUGGCUGCUCUAGGCGCUACAUUGGCGGUAUUGCUGGUAAUCGCCUUACUCGUGCUUGGAUUGAUUGUCUUCAAGCAGUAUAGAAACAGAGCUGAGCAUAUGCUUGGAAUAAGGAGAAGUGAAGAUCCCGUUGAGGAUUUCAGUAACCAAGGCUACCAAGAUGAUGAAAAUCCUCUUUGGAGCACGAAAGACAACGAAUCGCUAAGAAGCGACACUUCAGAGAACGGUACCCCUGUCGUGCAGAGGCAGUCAGACGGCUUCCCUCCUCCGGAGCCCACAGUGGAGAGCAGCAUCGCAACAGCUUCCGCCGCCAUCAAGGACGAGGAAGAGAACAAAGAGGGAAAGGACACAGACAGCGAUAAAGAAGUGAAAUCUAUCCUCACCAAGGACAGGAAGACAGCGGACGAUGGAUACAAAGCUGUGUGGUUUAAGGAUGAAAUUGAUCCAGACACCAAGGAUGAUGUUGUAGUGAUUGAAGACCAGGUUGAAGAGGAAGAUGAUAGUGAUGAGGAUAAGGAUGAGGAGGAUGAGCAGGGAAGUCAGCAUGGUGACCCAGUGGUGUCCUUCAUUCUAGACAGAGCUCAGCUCCAAGCAACGAAUGGGAACCUCAAACCUGACCAGGAUGCAGACACAGGAGACGACAUUUUGUUAUAG